AUGGCAACAACCCCAGAUCAGCUCUUUAGCAUCAAACGUACAAUCAUCGAUUAUCUCCAAGACGAAUCCGGUGCGACUCGAUAUAUUGAUAUUCUUGGCACCUACAGCAAGCUUGACGCGGCGAAGGCCGCGGCGCGAACCGCACUCACGGAUGAAGGCUACAUCAAGGACGACUUCCCCACCUACGAUGAGAACGAUGGUAAAAAGCAGUGGACACAUGGGGAUGGUGUCAUAGUCUUUGCAAAGAUGGGUUCGGGCCAGGAGCUUUUAGUCGCUAUUGAGACAACUCCCAAUACCCACAAGCUCAAGGGGGACGGUUCCGGGAGAGUAGACGGCCAGCUCUAUUACGUCCUCCAAACCACGAUCAACUACGACGCAGAUCGCAGCGGCGCCGCCCAGACAACUGAAAUUGAAGGCAUAUUCGCAGAUCGCCACGCGGCUGAGAAGGUCGCAAAGCACACGUUGCUGGCUCCGGGUGACGACAUUAAGAGAAAAUCAUACGCCGAAUACGAUGAUAAGGCGGCAUUCAAGGGCGAAUGGCCAUAUGGAGAUGACUGCUUCGUCCAUGCGGUUUCCAACACGGGCCAAAACUUCAUCGUUAAGGUCAAGACCCAACCGCAUUCGCACGGAAACCACUCUUGCAAACACCAUGAAGGAGGCCGCUGCGAGUGUAAAUGCUGGUCACACGAUGGUGAUAUCGGGAACGAUGACAACUGCACACUGGAAGUUGGUGGUAUCUUGCAACUAAAAAUAGCGAAAACCAUGUACAGUAACGAAAACGCAUAA